AUGGUGGCCACCUCCUGCGCAGACAACAGAUUGGCUUCUCCUUCCCCAGGAGCCCUCCUUGCAGACCUGGAGAUUCCGGAGGAUUUACAGAUUUCCAGCCUGGGCAGGCCCAACAAAUCCUCGAAGCAGCAGCUGCGUCAGGUCAUUGCUGAAUAUGAGAUGCUUGACCGUGAGCUUCCGUGCAUCCGGAAAUUCCCCACGCAGCCUUCGGCCCAGCCACUCUGUCUGUGCAUGGAGACCGCGCCCGAGGAGGACCUUACCCAUCUGGAGGUGUUGGAGGCGCUGGAAGCCGUGUUACCCGGGGCCAUGGAGAGCGGGCACGUGGCCAGCAUCCGCUUUGAAAAUAUGAACGUGAUCUGCGGGACUGCCGGGCGCCGGGACCGGUGGCUCAUCACGGUCUCCGACUUCCAGACUCGCUCGCGCCUGCUGCGCUCGGGACUAAGCCCGCGCGGCGUCGCGCACCCGCUCGUGCGCCACGACGAGCUGCUGCUGGGCGACUACCGCCUGCACCUGCGGCGCGCCAUGGUCCGACGGCGCAUGCUCGAGGCGCUGGGGGCGGACCCGACCGAGGACGUGUGAGCCGCGGGGGCGGGCCCCGCCGCGCUUCGCCCCGCCCCCUCGGGCGACCAAUCCGGAGCCCGGGAUCUGAGGGUGCGUGGCCUUCCCAGGAAGGAGGCGGGGCCGGCUCGAGGGGAUGGAUACUGUGAGUUUAAUUAUAAAGAAUGACCUGGUACAAAAGCCUUUUCUCUCUGCAAAAUCUUGGUGGGAGUCAGGGGGAGGAAGGUGACGGGGCAGGGGGGGUUUAAAGAUGAACCCCCAUAAUAUAUCCCGCCUCCCUCAAAUGGACACCUGGGUCCCAAACCCUUGAAGGAUAGUUGAGGGCAGACCUGGGCGCCCGGCUUUCACCGCGAGUGACCCCGACUCAGCGAGACCCAGACGUCCUCAUCCGCCCCCCUCCUUUGCCUUCUACCACCGCCCCCUCUUGGAAGACAAUUCUCGGGCUUUUAUUUCAGGGUUUUUUUUUUUUCUGGAAUUUUUUUUGUGUGUAUGUCCUAGGGUUCAUUUUUGUGUAUUUUUUUUUGUUAUUGUUCCUCUUUUUGCUUCAUCUCUCCUCUCUGCCCCCCAUCCAGUCCCUUCCCGCUCCCUGCCCUCUCCUCCCCCCUCCCACCCCUUUACACCCUCCCCAACCCCGCGGCACCCAUCCAGAAUGAACAAGCCCUUGGUAGAUGGGCGCCGCGCAGGCCCCUGCGGAUGUAGGUAUCUGACCAGGAGGAGGUGGCGGGGAGGGGCCUAAUGCCACCCUCGCCCCCUCCCUCUCCCCUCCCACAAGGUUCCCCGCAGAUCCCUGACGUGGUGAGGGGAGAGGGCUGCGAGCACCCUCCCCCUUAAUGGAGCAAGACCACCACCCGCUCAGGGGUAGGAGGCAGUGGGGGGCAGGGGCUGGGGGAGGGGGAGCUCCCUUCUUUGGCAGCUGAACACGGGGGUAGGGGGACCUGAGGGUGGCGCCCUCCCCCCUUUACCCACAGUAGGGGAGGGGGCUUCCCAGGAGAAAGGGGUGGCUUAAAAUUCCCAAGCCCCAGGAAGAAGGGGGGAAGCGUGCGGGAAAGAACAGCCAGGCUGGAGGGGGACCAGUUUCUUGGGGGAGAUGGGAGCAUCAUUUUCGUGCAAAACGAUGGACAAAUGGCCCGGAACUGGGGUGAGGGGGAUACACUGCAGGGUGAUGAUGAGCAGGGGGAGGAGAGUCACAAGCCUCAGAGAUGCAGUGCCCGGCGGCAAAGGG